AUGAGGCUCCUAGCCGUUAUCGCGGCGCUUUCGACGACCGCGUUAGCAGUAUGGCCUCUGCCUGAAGAAUACAAAAGUGGCGACGGCGUGCUUUGGAUCGCACGGGAUAAAGUCACCGUCACUUAUAAUGGGCCUGGACAUCAACCACAGGGCUACGGUAAUGGAAACCAGAGCAGUCCUGGUGCUCAACCACCACCUGUCGUCAAAAGCGCGAUUCAGAGGACAUAUGACACGCUUUUCGAGAAGAACUUUGUUCCUUGGAAACUUCGGCCUCGACUUUCGGACUUCGAACCUACGUUGGGUGGUGAUUCUACCUAUAUUCACGAGAUUGUCUUGGAGCAGAAUGGGCCCGAUGCUGGAGGGAAUGCGAGCAGUGUCGACGAAUCGUAUACUUUGGAGGUCACAGAGGCAGGCAAGGUGACCAUUUCGGCCAAGUCUUCGGUCGGAUUGCUUUACGGUCUUACGACUUUCACUCAACUGUUCUACAAACACACCAAUGGCGGCGUAUACACGGACAAGGCGCCUGUCUCUGUCACUGAUGCGCCCAAAUUCAAGUGGCGAGGACUCAACGUGGACACAUCUAGGACGUUCAAGCCUCUCGCAGACUUAUACCGCACGAUCGAUGCCAUGGCCUUCAACAAGUUCAACAGACUUCAUUGGCACAUUACUGAUGCGCAGUCCUGGCCACUCGAAGUUCCUGCAUUGCCAGAACUCGCAGACAAGGGUGUGUAUGUCAACUUCCAAAGAUACAGCCCCGAAGACAUCAAGAAGUUACAAGAAUAUGGCAAGCUGGUCGGUGUAACCGUGGCGAUGGAAAUCGACAACCCAGGCCACACCUCCUCCAUCUGGUUCUCCCACCCAGAUCUCAUCGCCGCCUUCAACAAACAACCCGACUGGACGACCUACUGCGCCGAGCCACCAUGCGGAAGCCUCAAACUGAACUCCACCAAGGUAUACGAUUUCUUGGAGAAACUCCUGGAUGACUUGCUCCCGCGACUCAAACCCUACACGCCCUACUUCCAUCUCGGCGGCGACGAAGUCAACAUGAACACCUACCUCCUCGACGACACGGUCCGCUCCAACGCCUCCUCCGUCCUGCAACCUCUCAUGCAGAAGUACAUGGACCGCAACAUGCACCAAGUCACGCAAACCUACGACCUCACCCCGCUCGUCUGGGAAGAAAUGCUGCUCGAAUGGAACCUCACCCUCCCCCACAACACCAUCAUCCAAACCUGGCAGAGCACCGAAGCCGUCAUCAACUCCGUCCAGAAAGGCUUCCAGACCCUCGUUGGAAACUACAAUUACUGGUACUUGGAUUGCGGCAAGGGCCAAUGGUUGGAUUUCUACCCCUCGAACGCGGCGGAGUACUGGCCGUUCAAUGAUUACUGCGCGCCCGUGCACAAUUGGAGAGUCAUGUAUUCCUUGGAUCCCCUCGAAGGCGUGCCGGAGAAUCUCACGCAUUUGGUUAUCGGUGGCGAGGCGCAUAUCUGGAGCGAGCAGACGGACACAGUCAACUUGGAUAAAAUGGUGAGAUGCCCAUAUCCUUCCUCCUGUCUAGAAUUGAAUCGUUUGCUGACAUGUGAGAUUUUUAAGAUCUGGCCCCGUCUCUGCGCCGCAGGAGAGAUUCUCUGGAGUGGCGCGAAAGAUGCUUCUGGACAGAAUCGUUCGCAGAUCGAGGCGUCUCCUCGUCUGGCGGAGAUGCGUGAGCGGCUUGUUGCGAGAGGGGUGGCUGCUGAGCCGAUUCAGAUGCCGUUCUGUACGCAGAAUGGGACGCAGUGCGCGUAUCCUCCAUCAGGGUGA